AUGAGCAAUCAGUGGAUUAUCAGUUUAUUUGUAGGCUUCUUGGCUUUAUCUAAAGCUACCUUUAUUUCUAAGAAAUAUACAACGAAACUCGAAUUUAAUGAUAAGAAGUCAAACUUUGAACUUUUCGGGGAACACAAUGUUCAUUCCUUGAUCGAGUGCGCCACAAUCUGUCAAAGGGAGUGCAGCUUCUUUGGCUUUAAUUCUCAAGCGAGGAAAUGUCGUAUCCACAAGGAAAGUCUGACAUCUGGGCUGUCUGAUGAGGCCGGUUGGAGAUACUACUCGGAUAACGAUAUUUCUAGCAUGCCCAAGGAUUGCAAGGAUCUUCGAGAAAAUGGAAAAACCAUUACAGGGGUGUAUGAUAUAUACCCCUACAGAACAUUAGCAAGUGUCUACUGCGACAUGACCACGAUGGGCGGUGGAUGGACGGCCAUUCAAAAACGCUUAGACGGAUCCGUGAGAUUUAACAGGACCUGGACGGAAUAUAAAAAUGGCUUUGGUUCACCAGAACGGAAUGUCUGGAUUGAAAACACCUCAUCCCUGUAUGUGUCCAUCACUCUCCAGAAUGGUACAACUCUGUAUGAAAUGUACGAUCGAUUUUUUAUCUCCAAUGAAACAGGAAAAUAUCAACUCUCUCUUGCAGGACCUGCCACAGGGACACUAGGUGCCAGUAUAAAGACACCAGGGAUUCAAGGACUGAACUAA